GCCGAGCCAGCCGGGCCGGGCUUGCAGCUGCUCAUGGAGAAAGUGCCGGGCGAGAUGGAGAUUGAGCGCCGCGAGCGGAGCGAGGAGCUGUCCGAGGCGGAGAGGAAGGCGGUGCAGGCGACCUGGGCCCGGCUCUAUGCCAACUGCGAGGACGUAGGGGUGGCCAUCCUGGUGAGGUUAUUCGUGAAUUUCCCGUCGGCCAAGCAGUACUUCAGCCAGUUCAAGCACAUGACCGACCCCCUGGAAAUGGAGCGAAGCCCCCAGCUGCGAAAGCAUGCCUGCCGGGUCAUGGGGGCCCUCAACACAGUCGUGGAGAACCUGCAUGACCCCGACAAGGUGUCCUCCGUGCUGGCCCUCGUGGGCAAAGCUCACGCCCUCAAGCAUAAGGUGGAACCCGUGUAUUUCAAGAUCCUCUCUGGGAUCCUUCUGGAGGUGAUUGCUGAGGAGUUUGCCAAUGACUUCCCGCCCGAGACGCAGAGAGCCUGGGCCAAGCUGCGAGGCCUCGUCUACAGUCAUGUGACCGCUGCCUACAAGGAAGUGGGCUGGGCACAGCAGGUCCCCAACGCCACCAUCCCACCGGCCACAGUGCCCUCUUCAGGGCCGUAGGACCCCCUCCCUCCUCUCCCCCCUCCCUGGCAGCACCUUGAGUAGAAGGCCAAGUUCUGAA